AUGAGGGUCAAUUGCUUUUUAAACCGCAUCUUGGUGUUGCUGGCUGUCAAUUUGGUUGCGCUCUCUCAGGCUACGAUUAUAGAUAAUGGCAAGCUGGCUGUUGUCGAUGGCAUCAACUAUUAUGUGGGAGGGGUUCCUGUAUCGAGACUCUCUCCGGUGCCAUCUUCCAGGUCGACAGAGGACACUGAGCUCCUCCCUAUCACGGUGAUCCGGUCGACAGUGGCUGGUUUCACCAACGAUGACUUGGAUGGGAUAAUUGGGAACUUCUCGCGCAAGGAUGAUGUUUUUCAACGGGGAUUUCUGGAAGCUCUGUUUGUGGCUUAUACCGGACACGGCCAGGGGCAUAUUUCCAGUUCGUUCAAGACUCAGAACACCAAGCUUGUGAUGGCUUCAUCGAACUACAAUCCACAGGGAUCGGUUGUCAAAGCUGAUCUUAGCGUUGAUAUCCCUCAAGGGCCGUAUUUCAUGUCUACUAAGACGGGCUCGCUCUAUCAAGCCUACCGUCUAUAUCCCGACCAUCAGCUCGCAUUUACAGAGGCAGCGAUCAGUGAUGGUAACGGUGGAUUCAAGCCAUUGCCAGCAGCAACCCAGGGAGCCAUGACCAAGAGCGUCGCGGUACCAUCUCGGCUAUACUAUACACCCACACCAGACAAGCCACUCUCUGGACUCCGCCUCGGCAUAAAAGACAUCUUCCACGUCAAAGGCCUCCGCACAAGCGGCGGCAACCGCGCAUUCUACGACUUCUACCCCCCGCAAAACAAAACCGGCUCUGCAGUGCAACGCCUCAUAGAUGCAGGCGCCGUGUUCGUCGGGAAAAUGGGCACAGUGCAGUUCGCGAACGGCGAUAAUCCAACGGCGGAUUGGGUUGAUUUUCACUGCCCUUUUAACCCGAGGGGAGAUGGAUAUCAAGCACCAGGCGGCUCCUCGUCUGGUCCUGCGGUCGGUAUAUCCUCGUAUGACUGGCUUGAUAUUGCCGUUGGCAGCGACACAAGCGGGUCCAUGCGCAGUCCUGCUGGAUUCACGGGUCUCUAUGCGAACCGGCCUUCAAAGGGAGUCCUUGAGACUGACGGUAUUUUACCGCUCAGUGGACCGCUCGACUCGGUUGGAGUGUUUGCGCGGGAUGCACGUACUUGGUCGGCUGUUAUGCAUGCCUGGUAUCGGGAUUUGUUAACUGACUAUAGGGUGUAUCCGAGACGGUUGUUCUAUUCGCGGGAUUCGUUUCCGGGUGUGGCUACGGAGGCUGGAGGGCUUCUUGAGGGUGUUUUUGGGAGGAUUGAGAAGUUCCUAGACGUGCACAGGGAGUUUGUUGAUACGCAGUCCAGAUGGGAGGAGACAUAUCCGGAGGGUGCGCCGGGGAAUGUGUCGGAUUUGUUGAAUACGACCUAUGCCGUCCUUACGUCCGUCUACCAAUAUAAGCACCUCGCCCAACCAUUCUUCGCCGACUACGCUGAAAAAAAGGACGGCCGUCGACCAUUUAUAAACCCCGGCCCUCUCGUCCGCUGGCAAUGGGGCCAGGACAACGGCGGCGACACUGCCUACAAUGAAGCCGUAAAGAAUAAAACCAUCUUCAAGGACUGGUGGGAAACAGACGGGUACGGGCUCGCCCAUAACGAGACUUGUUCAGAGGGGAUAUACAUCUACCCGUACUCCACGGGCAAGACGCAGUACCGGAAUGUGUAUACUGAUGCGCCAACUGAUCCACCGAUGGGCUUCAAGGAUAGUCGUAUUGCAACUAUGGCUGGUGCACCGGAUCUUGUGGUUCCUGUCGGGGAGGUUCCGUAUAAUUCGACCGUUUCGUUGAAGACUGAGUAUAUGCCGGUGACGAUGAGCUUUGUUGCUGCUCGUGGGUGUGAUCUUAUGCUGGUGAAUCUGGUUCAGGAACUGCAGGACGCUGGUAUCUUGAAGCCUGUUAAAACGGGAGCGACGAUGUAUCGUUGA